AUGGAGCUAACUAACGCUUUGCCGGACUAUCAGAAUGCCCGAGGCCGUCCGUGUUAUCGUCCGGAAAAAGAACCUCUCGGAUUCGGUCUUCUUACCACGAAACCAUUGCAUCAUGUUCCCACGUUUCCGGUGUACAGUCGAUCCGGUGAAGAGACGGUUCGGUUUAUCGAGUUCUGGUCACCGUUGGCUUCGGUUGAAUCUCAAAAGCAAAACUCUUCUUUGCCCUUGCCGGGCACUCCACUGACCGAAGAGCAAUUGGAACAAUUGCUCAAGUUUCAUCGAAUUGUUUUUCAGGAGGUGCUUCGUCUGGAGCGGGGUGCAGUAAUCGAAUUCAAUUUCGAGAAGGCGUACACGCAAUUGCUUGUGGUCCCGGUGAGAAGAGAUACUCGCCUCAUCGACUGGGAGUUCUUGGGUGUUGUGCUUGGUUCGUGGACUUCAGAGAACGUUUGCCGCUUGCUGCCUCGUCGGGAUCUGUCCCGAGCUCCUGAUCUACCUCUGUUGCCUGCCAGUUUGACUAGAUCAAAGUCGGCUAGUACGACCGGAUCUGGCCUCAAAUCUAAUCGGGGUAUUCGGAGUGCUUUGAAGGCGCGUCAGUUAUCUAAUAGACUCUCCAUGGACCCGUUACUCAACCAACCUGGUGUGUUCGAUUUCCGCAAAUCUGACUUUGUGAACGCCGUGGUCAUGCCGGGCUAUAGGAAUUUGGAUCAACCGCAGCAUUAUUAUGUAGCUGAAAUUCGCUACGAUUUGAAUCCGCUCUCCCCAUUCCCUACAUCAUCCUACGCCAAUUUUGCGGCCUAUUACACCGCGAAGUAUGAUGCCACAAUCAGCACGGUCAAUCAACCUCUACUCGAUGUGGACUUCACAGUGAUGCGUCUCAGUCUGAUUGUACCUCGUUAUGUAAACAUUCGGGGUCACUAUCUGCCCUGUUCAAGCGAGGCCCGAAAACGCGAUCGUCGUGAGAAUUUGACGCACAAACAGAUUCUGAUCCCGGAGCUGUGCUUCCGUCAUCCGUUUCCUGCUUCCGUCUGGCGCAAAGCUGUCUGUUUACCAAGCGUUCUAUAUCGUCUGCAUUGUUUGCUUCUGGCUGAGGAACUACGUCGUCUGAUCGCUUUUGAGACCAAUCUGGGUCGAGCCCGACUUCCCUCCACUGUCGAUCAGAACCGGCGAGUUUGGUCCAGUGAUGAGACCGGCGAAUUGUUUGAACCGUUACGCAUGAUAUUCCCACUCGAGGUGCAGCGUGCGGUUCAGGAAGAUGUCACAUGCGAUUCAGGUCCUUCUGGACCUAAAGGGCGUAGGCGUCGCCGUCGAGGCGGUCAGCCCAGUGCCUCGACGAAGGAUGUGGUAAAAAGGAGGGACCAAUCAGCCACUUCUAAACGCUCGGUUAAUCAGUCUAACUUUAAAAACAGCCCAAGUCCUGAUGCGUCGCCAGGGGAUACAUUGACAACAUCCGGUGACCGUCAACAGUCGAACGGAGAUGGUGACCGAAAGUAUAUCGGCAAAAGGAACGUCUGGGCGGAAGCUUCUAAUGACAAUAAGACGAACACAACCGGCGCUGAUGAAUCCGAGGAAGGUUUGGAGGAGGAAGUGGAAAAUGACUCGGACGAUGCUAAGACCCCGGAUGAAGUUAGUGAUGACGAGCCACAGAUAGUUAAACUGCGAGCGACUUCCGGUGCGGUUCCAUCUACCCAUCAUGACAGCGUCAGUGGGGCGGGUUUGGUAGCAAGCAAUCUGGACGCGAUGCUGGAAGAGACCAAAGUGAUUGAAUGGGAAGAUCAGGCGUUGGUCGCGUCACUUAAUCCAGAUUCAGAUCAGCUUAUGAUCAUUGAGAACCGUCAAUGCGUUGAUCGGGAGUAUCUCGAAACCGGUUCCGAUGUUGAAAGCGUAGACAGUUUCGAGGCCACUGUACGAUUCUUUCCCUCCGAUGACGAUUGCGAAACAGACGACCAAGCUCUUUUUGAUAGUUCUGAUACACCUUGCGAAGACAACUCAGAAACUGGCAAUGGGAUCGUCUCACAUCCUCGUUCGCGACUUCGAGCUUAUCGGCCAGGACCCGCAAAUGUGCUUCAGGCAUUGACCAUGUCUUGUUCAAAUGAUUUUAUCAAUCUGGAACGAAUGGAGACCAUCGGAGAUAGCUUUCUGAAAUUCGUUGUCACGGUGCACUUGUACCUUUCGUACCCGACCUCUCAUGAGGGGAAACUGAGCCACAUGCGAAGUCGAAUUGUAAGUGUGAUAGUAACAUGA